AUGCCCCCCCCCCCCCCCGAUCCGUCCAUUGAUCUGCUCCACCUGGGUCGAGGGGGGAAGGCAGGAAGGAGGGGCGACGGUGAACCUGGAGGGAGAAGAGGGGGGAGGGGGCGGUCUCAUCGUCCAAUGCCGAACGGCAUCGACGGGCUCGUCGAUGCCAUGCCUACGAUGGUGUCGGGAUGGGGGGCGUAUUUGGAGCCCAAAAUAAAAAAUGGGGCAACGGCCGCGGCCAAUGCUCCAGUCUGGUCCGAAGCGAGGACGAUCCGUGACGAUCCCGUCUCUCGCGCUCACGGUCUUGCUUUUCUUCUCUCUUGCCGACGGUUGUCGGUGUCGUGGGCGGCGUCGGGUCCAUUCCUUCGCGGAGGGUCAGAUGGUUCAGGGCGAGACCAGGGCAGAUGGGGCAGACGGGCAGGACAACGAGGCAUGAUCCCUGGAGCGCAAGUGGCAAGGAAUGUGACCGUUGCAGGCGUGGCUGUGAAUCGGAGAGCCUCUAGCCACCACGAGGGACACGACACACCGUAUCUCGUAGAGAAUCCCACGAUUCGGACCCUGUUCUCUUCACAGGACGAGGUACAGCAUGAUACACAGCCGACGGACGUGAUCGCCCUAAAUGUCCGACACGUCCACCAGGACCCGGUUUUAGCCCUCACGCUUCAUUUCCUGGCGUUUCAGGGCUUCCCUGCCCGCACGCUGUCUCCCGCACAUGCCGCUCCAUCUCGUAGGUUGGGCUCUUGCACCGGGGAAGAGCAUGAUGACCGGGGUUUUCGCGUCAGGCGUCAGGCGUCAGGCGUGGGAAACCCAGGGCCGUGGGUGACGGGAAACAGGGACCAUCGUCCACCGUCCACGGAAGCUGGGUUUUCUCGGAAAGCCCGAGAACGACGGGGGCCGGGCUCCACUUCGAUCAAGACGCGGCGUGGCAGAGCUGAAAAGAGUGGCGCCCAACCGUUUGACGGGGCAGUGCGUAACGGUGGAUCUUCGGUAGACGCGAGGAACGCUGCUGUCAAGUCGGGAUUGGUACAGAGGACAGGGGAAGGGGAGGGCAAGGAAAGAAGCAAGCAGAGAGUCUGA